AUGGAAAGUCUAAAGGCUUCGGCCAUCAACACCGGGAACACUUCUGGGCGCAAGCAACACAAGCCUACUUCUUCCUUAGGCUCCUUGUACGAGGUGCUGGCAGACCUCGACGAGACCCAGUUGCACUACCUUAUCCAAGAGAUGAGCCAUACUGGACAUCAAAACGUGCCUGUGUCCCAGGCAGUAUCGGCGUUUGAGUCGCAUAAUCCGUCCGACUCCCUCAACAAUGUGAGGGCGAGUAUGCUGCCACCCGUACAAGGGAUGCGACGGCAGCUCUCUAAGUCCCAGCGAGGGAAGCUUCGGUUGCAAACAGCCUUUCAGAGAGCACCGUCACUAAGACAGCGACGUCCCCAAGAUCUGCGCGACAUUGAUCAGUCUGCAGUUGAUAUAACCACUCAGAGCUCUAACGAUGCGCCUGCCCCUGGCCAUCCCAUUAUAUCCAAUCCUGUUAACAACGCUCCCAAGUACAAUGGCACCGCCGGAGAUGUAGCACCCAUAUUGGCGGAUCGGUCACAAAGGCGGGAAAACCCAGUUGAGCCCCAUACUCUGCAAUCUCCAGUGGACAGUCGAAAGAAAUCUCCCGCCUACAGACGCAUUCCAAGACCAGAUUUCAGUUUACCACCUGGCGUUACGGUCAUUGACCUCCUGGAACUUCUUGAGGCCGAGUUCCUUUCCUCGAACUCACAUCAGUUCUCUUCUCCAGAUUUCUCGUCUUCGCCCUCAUCCGCCUUUUCCGCCCAUACCUAUUCAUCUCCGUCUCUGUUGUCACCGGCCUCGUCAUCCCCAUUUUCCCAGAAGCCCAACCUGAAUGGGCCUCGAUCUCUGCGGCGGCACACCUCGAGACUGGAUAUGGCGCUAGAUGCCGACCGGACCGCAUCAGGCGCUGAGGAGAUAGGGUUGGGAAUGCUUGAACCAAGACCUCAAAGGACGGUUUCGUUAGGCUCUCCUGCUGUCAGUGCCCCAAUAAGUUCGGUGGAGUCCUUUGACUGGGGGCCUAGGGGCGAUACUAAAGGGUUGCCAUCCACCCCACCGGUCGUUUUGGAAGGGAUAUUUGAUGUUUUGGAGAACCAAUGA